AUCGAUUUUAUUAUCUAAACUUAACCUUUGUGUUUAAUAAACUUGGACAAACAAACCAAAACUUAACCUUCCAAACCCUAUAAACUUUUUUUAAAAUUGAACUUCAAGUGUCACUUCUUUAUAUUGAGGUUUUUUAAACUCUCUCUAUUAGCAAACGGUCUUCACUUUCCAUAACACAAAAACAAUAACAAAAAAUGGAGUAUUAUUGGUCAACAAUGGCGUCUCUGUUAGCUUUCAUAGCAUUUCUUCAAACUCUCUUCCCUCCAAUCCUUUCCUUCACCACCACCAUUUUCUCUUCCUUCUCUUCCUACCUCUACUUCGACAUUACCGACAUCGAUGGCUUCAACACCAACGAACUCUACUCCGCCGUUCAACUCUACCUAACCUCCUCCCUCUCCACCACCACCCCCGCCGCCACCACCCGCCUCAGCCUUACUCGACAACUCAACUCCUCCGCCCUCACCUUCUCCCUCCAAAACAACGCCUCCAUCUCCGACCAAUUCAAUGGCGUCUCCCUCCAAUGGCUCCACAUUGUCACACCUAGGCACUUACACAACACAUGGCGAACAAUAUUUCCAGAACACAAAAGACAAUUCACACUCAAAUUCAAAAAACAACACAAAUCCCUAAUUCUCAACUCCUACUUCGAUCAUAUUACCCAAAUCGCUAACGAUAUCCGACGUAGAAAUCAAGAUCGCUACCUCUUUACAAAUCCUCGUAGAGCCAGUGGAUCGUUCGAUUCGAGAGGUUUUACUAAUACUCCAUGGGAGGCUGUUCCAUUCAAACAUCCAAGCACGUUUGAAACACUCGCUAUAGAUCCAAUAAAGAAACAAGAAAUCAUGGAAGAUCUUCGAGAUUUCACAAGAAAUGGAAAAUCAUUUUACAAGAAAACGGGACGAGCUUGGAAGAGAGGUUACCUUUUGUAUGGACCACUGGGAACGGGGAAAUCGAGCUUAAUUGCAGCGAUGGCUAAUUUUCUCGAGUUUGACAUAUAUGAUCUUGAAUUAACGGAAGUAGAGAGCAAUUCCGAGCUCAAAACGCUUCUAAUGAAGACGACAUCAAAAUCAAUCGUGGUAAUCGAAGACAUAGAUUGUUCUAUCGAUCUAUCGAAUCGGAAGAACUCGAAGAAUGGUGAUUCGAUUACGCUUUCUGGUUUGUUAAAUUUCAUGGAUGGAUUGUGGUCGUGUUGUGGAAGUGAGAAGAUCUUUGUGUUCACAACGAACCAUGUCGAGAAGCUGGAUCCGGCAUUGGUGAGGAGUGGGAGAAUGGAUAUGCAUAUUUUGAUGAGUUUUUGUUCAUUUCCGUUGUUGAAGAUUCUAUUCAGGAAUUAUUUGGAUUGGAAUGAAGAAGAAGAAGGUUGGGAUGGAGGUGUUUUGAAGGAAUUGGAAGAGAGUAUUGAGAGAGCAGAGAUGAGUGUUGCUGAUGUUUGUGAGAUUUUGAUUAAGAAUAGGAGGGAGAAAGGAAAAGCAAUGAGAAGGGUUUUGGAAGCAUUGAAUGUGAAGAAGAUGAAGAUGAAGAUGAAGAAUGUUGAAAGAGAGGAUUGUAAGGACUAAUAAAUUGAACUUAAAGUGGGAAUUUUUGUGAAUGAUUGGUGAUUUCAAAUUGUUUAUUUCUCUCUUUUAGGAAUUCUUUUUAUUAGAGAUUUAUUGUUUUGGUAGUUGGAGUGAUAUUUUUUAGUGUGCUUUUGUGAGGUUUUGUUCCUUUAAGCUAUUUUUGAGUUAUUUUGUUGUUUAAUAAACAUGGGAGCCUUUGGAUUGAUUUAGGAAAAAAAGUUUUAAAAA